CGUGGUGGUGGUGAUGCAUCGACAGCAGUUUGUCACACAAGAGAUGUUGUGAGCGUUUUAGUAACUGUGUAUAUAUAUACCUUGUCCAAUGCUAAGAGAAAACCAGGCGUGAGAAGCCAGCGAAUUCGUUUGUUGAGUUCCGUCGAGGAAUCGAGUAGAAAGUUAGAAGACACGGGGAAAUUCCGUUUGUGUAUCGAUGGAAGGUGUUGGGUCCCGUGUUGUUCGCGGUCCCGACUGGCGAUGGGAACGCCAGGACGGAGGAGAGGGUCACGUGGGCACGGUGAGGAGCUUCGAGCGGCCCGGGGAGGUGCUGGUUGUCUGGGACAACGGUACGGCCGCCAACUAUCGCUGCUCGCCGUGUUUUGACCUGAGGAUACUGGAUAAUGGACCUGCAGGUAUAAAGCACGAUGGAGUGGUGUGUGAGGGUUGCGCCAUCUCGCCUCUCUACGGAAUAAGGUGGAAAUGUGCCGACUGUGCAGAUUCCAGUCUCUGCUCCACCUGUUACCACGGCGACAAACACAACCCCCGACACACGUUCCAUCGUAUAGCCACGCCCUCUUCCCCUCGUAUAACAGUACAGAGUCGUCGGAGGAGCAAGAAGCUGACGGCACGAGGCGCCUUUUCCGGAGCCAGGAUAGUCCGUGGCGUGGACUGGAACUGGGACGAACAAGAUGGUGGGUCUGGGAACAAGGGUAAAGUGCUGCAGAUCCAGGAUGUGACAUCGACUGCUCCUCGCAGUGCGGCCUACGUCGUCUGGGACACGGGGGUAAAACCUCGACCUCUAUCGCCUUGGCUACGAGGGAGUGGUAAGAUACAACAUUCUUCUUCUAGUGACCUAAAAGUGAUCAUGGACUCCAAAGGUCCCUCGUUCUAUCGCGAUCAUCUCCCGUUGCUAGGCGAGGACCAGCGGGCAUUUAUUGGAAUGUUCUCGCCCGGCGACCACGUUGCCAUAGAGCUGGACGUGGAGGUUGUUAAGAAUCUCCAGGUGAUGAAUGCAGUGGGUGUGGUCAGAGGAGUUGACGAGGACCAUGACGUCGUCGUCCAGUAUCCAUCACGACAGAGAUGGACUAUGAACCCAGCCAUCCUGAAGAAGGUCCCCAGUCCAGUCCAGGAAGUGGAACGGAAUGGAGCCCGUCACCCUCACCCUCCUCCUCUCACCAUCCCCAGUACCACCACUGAUCCCUUUGAAGACGCCUUCAAGGUGGGCGACUUUGUGAAGAUAUCUGCAGAUGCCGAGAAGGUGAAGGAGUAUCAAACCGGCCACGGAGAGUGGGUGGAGUCGAUGAUACACACCCUGGGUAAAGUGGGUAGAAUUGCAGAGGUGUAUGGUGACGGAGACCUAAAGAUUGACGUCAAGGGGACCAUGUGGACCUUCAACUCACAGGCAGUGAGAAAAGUGGACGGCGACGGAAUGCCGCUGACUCCCAGUACCAGUGCCAAUGUAUCCCAGCUGCUGCGCCACAUGUUCGAGGAACAUCAGUCCAGUUCGCCAGGGGAAGAGCUGGUGAAGUGUGCGGCCAGCGGGGACGUCUCGAGGGUAGAGGACCUCUUACGAGGAGGAGAGGUCGUGUUGGUAGACGUGCCGUUUAAUGGAAGUACCGCUCUUCAGACUGCCAGUCAGAAUGGUCACAUUGAGAUUGUCAAGUGCCUCCUCAGAAAUGGAGCCAACAUUGAAGAAGAGAAUGGACACAUUGAGAUUGUCAAGUGCCUCCUCAGAAAUGGAGCCACAUUGAAGAAGAGGUCGGACAAGGACGGAGACAGAGCGGUCCACCACGCAAGUUUCGGCGACGAACCGGAGGUCGUCGACCUUCUGUCGAGUAACUCGGCAGACCUGAACGCGAGGAACAAGAGACGUCAGACUCCGCUUCACGUGGCUGUGAACAAGGGACACCUUGGUGUGAUUAGGGUUCUACUGCAGCACACUGUCCCUUGCCAGUCUCGCAGAGGUAACAUCGGAGCCCUCCGUCACAUCCUCCCCCGACUGCCGGCCCUGUGCGGUGUGGACGAUCAAAAAGACGACGGGUUCACUUCCCUCCAUCUCUCUGCUCUAAACAACCACCUGGAGGCUUCUCAGGCUCUCUUGCAGGCAGGCGCGAAUCCAAAUAUCCAGAACGUAAAUCUCCAGACGCCGCUUCACCUGGCCGUGGAGCGGAGGAACAUCCAGAUAGUGAGACUCUUGGUCGAGGAAGGAGCCAACCCAGACAUGGGGGACAAGUUUGGCGAUCGUCCGCUGCACGAGGCCCUCCGACACCACACCAUGUCCCAGCUGAAACAACCGUCCUCAUCCUCCCAGAACGGCUCGCUCUCCACGUGUCUAGUGUGUGAGACUGGUCGCCGGGCGGUGCUCCUGUUGCCGUGCGCUCACGUGGCAACCUGCGAGAAAUGUCAAGUGUCCUCCUGCCCCAUCUGUCGCCAGCCCGUCUCCCAUAGCAACAGGAUCGAGGAAUGUGUGGUAUGUUCUAAAGCGGAAGCCUCAGUCGUCUUCAAGCCCUGUCUCCACAUGGUGGCGUGUGACAGCUGCUCGUCCAUCAUGACGAAAUGUGUCAAGUGUCGCACUGCCAUCGAGACCGCCGUACCUCUCUCUGUCGCCAGUGGAGGAAGACUUGAGAUAUCAUGUGAUCUAGUUGAGAUAUCAUGUGACCUAGUUGAGAUAUCAUGUGACCUAGUUGAGGUGUCAUGUGACCUAGUUGAGAUAUCAUGUGACCUAGUUGAGAUAUCAUGUGACCUAGUUGAGAUAUCAUGUGACCUAGUGGAGAUAUCAUGUGACCUAGUUGAGGUGUCAUGUGACCUAGUUGAGGUGUCAUGUGACCUAGUUGAGAUAUCAUGUGAUCUAGUUGAGAUAUCAUGUGACCUAGUUGAGAUAUCAUGUGACCUAGUUGAGGGUUCUGCUAUAAGUAUAGAGCCUUAUGUAUAUCUGCCUUCUUCCUCCCACAGCUCUCAAGCCAAUGUGUCCCAGCUGCUGCGUCACAUGUUUGAGGAACAUCAGUCCAGUUCGCCAGGGGAAGAGCUGGUGAAGUGUGCGGCCAGCGGGGACGUCUCGAGAGUAGAGGACCUCUUACGAGGAGGAGAGGUCGUGUUGGUAGACGUGCCGUUUUUAAUGGAAGUACCGCUCUCCAGACUGCCAGUCAGCUCUAGUAUAAGGUAUGAGGGGCCUUAUCAGAGGUUCCACGUGUACCUCUACUCUCUCCUCCCUCCCUCCCUCUAUCUCUCUCUCGUCUCUCGAGGUGGGAUAACAUCGGAGCCCUCCGUCACAUCCUCCACCCGACUGCGGCCCUGUGUGUGUGUGGACGAUCAAAAAGACGACGGGUUCACUUCCCUCCAUCUCUCUGCUCUAAACAACCACCUGGAGGCUUCUCAGGCUCUCUUGCAGGCUGGUCUAGAACCAACUCUGCUCUAUCUGGCGCGAAUCCAAAUAUCCAGACGUAACUCGCAGACGCGCUCACCUGCCGUGGACCGGAGGAACAUCCAGAUAGUGCACGACUCUCUGGUCGAGGAAGGAGCCAACCCAGACAUGGGGGACAAGUUUGGCGAUCGUUCCGCUCCGCGUGCACGAGGCACUCCGACACCACACCAUGUCCCAGCUGAACACACGUUCAGGAGACGCUCCGCAGGAUAUUGCGGAGCCGCCUCAUCCUCCCAGAACGGCUCGCUCUCCACGUGUCUAGUGUGCGAGACUGGUCGCCGGGCGGUGCUCCUGUUGCCGUGCGCUCACGUGGCAACCUGCGAGAAAUGUCAAGUGUCCUCCUGCCCCAUCUGUCGCCAGCCCGUCUCCCAUAGCAACAGGAUCGAGGAAUGUGUGGUAUGUUCUAAAGCGGAAGCCUCAGUCGUCUUCAAGCCCUGUCUCCACAUGGUGGCCUGUGACAGCUGCUCGUCCAUCAUGAUGAAAUGUGUCAAGUGUCGCACUGCCAUCCGAGGACCGCCUCUCAAGGUGAGAGGAAGAGGGUCCAGAGGCUCAGGAGGCCCAGUUGGUAGUCAAGACAUUGCUUCGCUGCAGCAACAGCUACAGGAGAUGAAAGAGAAGACCCAAUGUCAGGUGUGUAUGGACAGAAGAAAGAACUGUGUGUUCCUGUGUGGCCAUGGGACAUGUCAGUUGUGUGCCGACAAGAUCAUAGAGUGUCCAAUAUGUAGGAAACUAGUCUCCAGGAAGAUCAUCCUCUUUGACUGAUGUUACUGGGUUUGUCCAGAUUAUGUUAUUGCUGUCUGUUGUGUGCAAUAGAAUCUGCUGAUUAUUUAUCAA